AUGUCUAGUAAUGUCUACGCAUUCACACGUCGAGACGGCGAGACAGGAGACAAGAAGGCGGGUGCCAGGCACGUCCCGGCACAGAGACUCGGGGAAGGGGAAGGGGGAAAGGGGAAGAAGGAGGGAACCGUGGUGAACGUCUCAGUUGACGUGAUCUUCAGAGACGUCUGGGGUCAUAUGCAAGAUUACCCAAACUGGAAUCACCAUUUGCAACGUGUGGAAGUCGUACUUGAUAUCACGCCAAGAUGCCGCCUGGUUUACCAGGUGUUACACCCGGUCGGGAACGGCAUCAUCUGGAGCAGGGACAUCGUCGCCAUCAUGUAUUGGGACAAGGAAGGCGAUGGAAUUUACAUCUCCCUCGCCAGCACCUCCUGGCCCGCAUUGCCUCCGUCUAGUCAAUAUGUCAGGGCAACCUUCUACCCACAAGGAUACGUUUAUGCUCCAAUGCCUGGCGAUCCCGAGAAGACCUUAAUCCGGCUGGUCCAUCACAUUGACGUCCAUCUGGCGUUCAUCCCCGCGCCAGUCAUCAGCCUCAUCUUAGCGAAGACCGGCAGGGACACCGUCAUGCAAUUCAGAGAUCACUUGGAAAACUUGAGGAAGGAAUUCACGGGAUUGGGGGGAGUCUGACUCUUCGUUUUUGUGUUAUGUUUUUAAAUCAGUUAACCGGGGACUAGAUAUUCCCAAGGCAUUCCAAAAUACCGGGACUUCCCCUAUCGUUUAUCCAACACUUCAAAAUUUUAUCGCAUUCCACGCGCUUGCAGACUCCUUCAUGAAAAUACAGAAGAGGAUGAUACUGAUGUGAA